AUGACGAAAACUAAACCUCAUUCCGCCACAACAGAAAAUUCACAAUCAUUUGUUGUGCAAGACGAACGAAGCUACGAAUGUGUCUAUUGCGGAUGUACUAUGGUUACAAAAGAUUACGAUGAAUAUAUAGCACAUAGAAAAGCACAUGGUCAGCCCUUCAUCUGUGAAUGUAGAGUGCCCGGUUGUGAGCGAUCAUUCCAUGAACCAUCACUUUACAAUCACAAGCAAACGCAUGAAUCUCAUCGUCAGUGCGAGCGCUGUGGCAAAUUCUUCAGCACCAGGAAUGGGCUACAAGAACACAAGGAGCACUGCCCAACAAAAUUUCAAAACGGGACACAAUUUGGGCAUUCUUCCCAAGCAUGA